UUCUAAAAAGGAACGGGGGGACGGAUUUUAAUGCCUACUUUUAAAACAAAUACGAUUGGACAAAAUGCUUUUGGUGUUUGAUUAAUUUGAUUUUGUACAGGUAAUUUGUGUAUUGAAGUCUACAAAAUAGAUGACAAAGAAUGGUUAAAUACGAUCGUGGUGGAGACCAUUAUAGGAACCCCAAGGGGUUUGGUCGAGGCACUAGUGAUAUGAGACAACAACUAAAAGGCUAAAUCCAAAGAAGUCGUAAGGUUAAAUCUUAUAAAGGUUAAUAUUUCAAACUUUGGAGCUAUUAGAGGUUUGCCCAGUUGUACAACAAGGGCUACGGAUUUGGUUAAGUGAGUCUGAUAAAGCAAAUGAUUGCUCAUCUUCCGUAAGAUUGCAUUAUUGAAUCUCAAGGGGACCAAACAUUUCAAACCUUGGAGCUAUUUGCUCGGUCACUAAAUACAUAAAUCCGAAAUUAGUCGAGAUGCGCACAAGUUGACCUAAGCAUUCGUUUAUUAAAAAAAAACUACAAGGGCAUAAAAUUAGUUCAAACUGAUCCAAACACCCGAUCAUACAAAAUGACUACUCCUGCUAAUGAAAAAUUAAAAGACCAUUAUAGGUCUGUCACACGAGAAACACGCUAGAAUAAAAGACACUUUUCUGGUUCAAGCGAUUAGGCAAGGAAGAAGAAAAAGAAAGAAAGAAAAACUCCGACGCCAAAGCAGCCGCCCUCGCGUUUGGCUACUACGGUAAAAUCGUCAUUUAUGUGCAUCGGGACGAUAACGUGGUCAAAAAGAAACGAAGGAAAAUCCCUCUGUUUAUGCGAAUCUUGACAAAAAUCACUUCAUUCCCUUCCCAAGUCUCCUACCAAACCCUAAUAAAUACAGCUUACCACACUCCUCGCUCUCUCUCUCUAGAAAUCUAUCUCCUAAACCGGAAUAGAACCAAGUGAUUUUCGAAGGGCUUGAUUUCUUCUUGAAUUCAAAGAUGUAUCGGAAAAUAGAUGUGGAGUCGGGGUCGUCUACUGCGCCGCUGUACCCGAUGAUGCUGGAGAGCCCGGAGCUCCGCUGGGCAUUCAUUCGCAAGAUUUACUCCAUCGUCACCGUCCAAUUGCUCCUCACCAUCGCGGUUGCCGCCGUCGUCGUCGCCGUUGAACCUAUUUCCGUCUUCUUCGCCACCACUUACACGGGCUUGGCCCUCUAUAUCGUGCUCAUCAUCACGCCCUUCAUUGUGUUGUGGCCGUUGGCCUACCAUUACAAACGACACCCAGUGAACUAUUUCCUCCUUGCCAUUUUUACUGUUUCCUUGGCUUUUGCUGUGGGAUUGUCGUGCGCUUUUACCAGUGGGAAGGUAAUCUUGGAAGCUGCGAUCCUAACAGCUGGGGUGGUUGUAAGUCUCACCUUGUACACGUUCUGGGCUGCAAGGAAAGGCCAUGAUUUCGGUUUCCUAGGGCCCUUCUUGUCUGGUGCUAUUUUUGUGCUUAUUCUCUUUUCUGUCAUUCAGAUAUUCUUUCCCCUGGGUCAGAUCUCGGUUAUGAUCUAUGGGUUUCUGGCUGCAAUCAUAUUCUGUGGGUACAUCGUGUACGACACAGACAACCUGAUUAAGCGCUACUCCUAUGACGACUACAUUUGGGCUUCAGUGUCGCUGUAUCUGGAUAUCAUCAAUCUCUUCAUGGCAUUGUUGACUAUCUUCAGAGCUGUAGAUUGAAUGGAAUCCCUCUGUUCCAUGCCCUUCCAUCGUUGUUCCCCAUUUUUGGGUGUAAUUUGCUGGUGAAUGAUGUACAUACUCUGUUGUUCCCUGUGUUGCUCUGGUUAAUCAAAUCCAAAUUCAUCCCUUGUUAUCUUUUGUUCUUCUUUGUGUCUGUAUUAGGGUGUAGCCGGUGUUAGUUGUAAAAUACACAUGCUAUUAGUUUGGAGUAUAUCUGAAAUGAUGUUGAGCAGUGUAAA